UCCUACUGGACUUUGAGCUAGCUCAACUUUUACCUAACAACUUCAGAUUAUUACUAGACUUUCUUUAUGAAGAAUGUUCUCUAGUUUUCUUUCGAUAUUUUGGCAUGUAUGAUUUAUUUAAGCUCUCGAGAUGACUGGAAAACUUUUUAUUGCCCUGCUUUUAUUAUUUGUGAGUGUGGGAGAAGGAAGGAAAUCAUUUCUCAGUGUUCUGAAUACAGAAAAGACAGAAAUACUAUUUUUCACCAAGACUGAAGAAGCUAUCAUCGUAAGGUCAAGUUACAAAGAUAAACAGCCCAGCUCCAGCUACCUAGCUGUGCAGUUAGAUGAUCCGACUAUGCUGCGAGUGGUAAAUGUGACCAAGACCUUAUCGGAUGAUACAAACUUUACGAUAAAUCUGGUGACAGAUGAAGAUGGAGAGUCAAAUUUGACUAUUCAACUAUGGGAUUCUGAAGGUAGGCAAGAAAGACUCAUUGAGGAAAUAAAGAAUGUCAGAGUCAAAGUGCUCAAACAAAGAGAUCAUCUUUUCCAGGAAUCAAUGCAUAUCAAUAGCAAUAUCCUAAUGCUUAUUCUACCUGUGGUACUGUUAAACAAGUGUGCAUUUGGUUGCAGGAUUGAAUUGCAGGUGUUUCAGACAGUUUGGAAGAGACCUUUGCCAGUCAUUCUUGGGGCAGUUACACAGUUUUUUCUUAUGCCAUUUUUUGGAUUUCUUUUGACUCAGAUUUUCGCAUUACCUGAGGCACAAGCAUUUGGAUUUGUAAUGACCUGUACAUGCCCAGGAGGAGGUGGAGGCUAUCUCUUUGCUCUGCUUCUAGAAGGAGAUAUCACUUUGGCCAUUUUGAUGACUUGUAUAUCAACAUUGUUGGCCCUGAUAAUGAUGCCUGCCAAUUCUUACGUAUAUAGUAGGAUGUUAGGGUUAUCAGGUAUAUAUCAUAUUCCUGUUUCUAAAAUUAUGUCAACACUUCUUUUCAUACUUUUACCUAUAUCCCUUGGAAUAGUCAUCAAACGUAAAGUACCUGAAAAAGCAAUCUUCCUGGAGAGAAUAAUUAGACCUCUGAGUUUUAUUUUAAUGUCUGUAGGAUUUUAUUUGACUUUCAGAAUGGGAUUAAUGGUUGUAAAAACAGUUAACCUAGAGGUGCUUAUAUUAGGUGCUUUAGUUCCUGCUUUGGGUUUGUUGUUUGGGUAUUCCUUUGCUAAAAUUUCUAUGCUGCCUCCUCCUGUUUGUAAAACAGUUGCUAUUGAAAGCGGCAUCCUGAAUAGCUUCUUAGCCUUUGCCAUUAUUCAGCUCUCUUUUUCACAAUCUCAGGCAGCCAUGGCUUCUGUGGCUCCUUUCACAGUGGCCAUGUGUUCUGGAUGUGAAAUGCUACUGAUCCUUUUGGUCUACAAAGCUAAAAAAAAAUAUAUCCCUAUCACAGAAGAUAAAAGAAAAAAAAUCCCUUUGAUCUAACAAAGCAUUACUGAAUCCCUAUUCUGGGUGAGGGAUUGUGAGAGAUCAAAUAAUAUCUAAAGUGAUGCCUGCUUUCAACCUACUUAUGAUAAAUUCUUUAAAACUUGCCAUUAAGGGGGUAAUUUUUUAUAUAAAACCAUGUGUUAAAUGCCCAAAGAGUAAAUCAGACUAUUUAUACAGGAAUUCAAGCAAGAUGAUCACUUUUUAUAGCAUUUGGAAAUACUUGAUAGAGUUUGACUUGAAUAUUUGUUUAAUUAUGGUCUCUUAAAAGGUGAAGAGAAGCAUAAAAAAUCAAAAACCCUUGUGAUUAUGAUAUACCAUGCAUAUUUACAGAGGGAAUAUCAAAAUAAUACACAUUUAGUAGAUGCUUACCAAGUGAAUGAAGAUGUGAAUUCCUUUUUU